AACACGAUGAUACACAAUCAAUUAGGAAAACGUAACGUCGAAAUGUGGAAACAUAUUUUAACUAUUUCACUUCUCGUGCUGUUGCAUGCCAUUCGAGCUAAUUCUUUCUCGUUCUCCCCCUACUAUGCUAACCACAUGGUAUUACAGAGGGGACCCAAAGGGGCGUCAAUCUGGGGACAUUCAACUGUACAUGGAGAUAAAGUACAACUAUACGUCAACGAUAUCCUUUCUGGUAGUACAACUGUAGAUUCUAGUGGAAUAUGGCAGUCAAAAGUGGUCAAUCCCGGAAGUAAUAAAGCCGCCGUAAUUAUGGCAUCAUCUAGCGUUGGAAAUAUUACUCUGAAUGAUGUUCUGUUUGGCGAUGUUUGGCUGUGUUCAGGACAAAGUAACAUGGAAUUUAAUGUUAACGGGCUCGCAAAUAGUAGCGAAGAAAUAAAUGAUGCAAGCAAUUACCAGAAUAUAAGAUUGUUCCAUGUUGGACAUCAUACGACACUAACAGCAGAUGGAGACCUUAACAGUAUUGCAAAACCCUGGGCAAAACCAAAUAUUGGCUCAUUGCCAAGUUUUUCUGCAGUAUGCUGGUUAUAUGGAAAAUAUCUAUCUACACACAUUAACCGUCCAAUAGGUUUGGUAGAAUCUAAUUGGGGAGGAACUAGAAUUGAAGCCUGGUCUUCGCCAGAUGCAUUAAACGCAUGUGCACGUACUGGGAGAAAACGACGGGCUGUUAGUCCCAACACAAUGUCUGCAUUGUGGAAUGGCAUGAUAAACCCACUCCUAAAAAAUACUAUUUAUGGAGCUAUUUGGUAUCAAGGAGAAUCAAAUGCGGGCAAUUCUGAUGGCUACAAAUGCAUGUUCCCAGCAAUGAUUGAUGACUGGAGAAGUAAAUUUUAUGCAAAUUCACUCCAUACCACUGAUCCAAAGUUUCCAUUUGGAUUUGUUCAAUUGGCUGCUUGGCGGCAAUCUGUGGCUAAUUCUGGAUUUCCGGCUUUACGAUGGUCUCAGACGGCAAAUAAUGGACAAGUCCCGAAUGCAAGACAACAGAACGUGUUUAUGGCUGUAUCAAUGGAUUUACCAGAUUUUACCUCUCCUUUUGGCAGCAUCCAUCCUCGACUAAAACACGACAUUGCUGCAAGAUUAGUGUUGUCUGCGCUAGCAGUAGCUUAUAAAGAGACUGGUGUUAGCUACCAAGGUCCAUAUCCAACCAAAUUUACGCCACAUCAUAAUACCAACACAAUCAUUAUAGAGUAUGACCAUGGUUCUUCACCACUUGACAUAAGGACCAGCGACAAUUUUGAGAUAUGCUGUACAACACGGAACCACGUAUGUUCAAAACAUGAUGUUGGCUGGAUAUCUGCUCCAAUGAAAAGUCAUGACACAUCAACUGUUACAAUAAAUACUUCCGGUUGUCAGCUUGGACAACAUUCUAUAGGCGGAGUUAGAUAUGCAUGGAAAGAAAGUCCGUGUCCGUUUAAGCAAUGUGCCGUCUAUGGAGCAGGAAAUGGAUUACCUGGCCCACCAUUCAUAUAUUCAGCGCAUUUGUAAAUGCAUUAUUGUAAAAAUAAAAUAAUACAAUAAAAAAUGAAAACAA